CUGCCAAUCGAUAGCUGCGGCAAGUAGUCAACAAAACAAAACUUAAUUUUAGUUAAAAUUAAAUGAAUAACUAACUAAAUCAGCUGAAAAUGGCGCAAACGCAAGCAUCAGCCGCCAAGCGCAUGAAGCUGGAGAAGAAGCCGGCAAAUCCCGUGGAAGAGGAUGAGACGCCUUCUGUGUUCAAUCCGAAGUACAGGGUGUGCCCCUACUUGGACACCAUCAACCGUAAUCUGCUGGAUUUCGAUUUCGAGAAGCUGUGCUCCAUUUCGCUGACGAGGAUCAAUGUUUAUGCGUGCCUGGUGUGCGGCAAGUACUUCCAGGGACGUGGCACCAACACCCACGCCUACACGCAUUCCGUGGGCGAGGCGCAUCACGUGUUCCUCAAUCUGCACACUCUGCGAUUCUACUGCCUGCCGGAUAACUACGAGAUCAUCGACUCCUCGCUGGACGAUAUCAAAUACGUGCUGAAUCCGACGUUCACACGCCAGGAGAUUAGCAAGUUGGAUCAGUUACAGCCGAAGCAUUCGCGAACCGUGGACGGUGUUCUGUACUUACCCGGCGUCGUGGGUUUGAACAACAUCAAAGCCAACGACUACUGCAAUGUGGUGCUGCAUGCACUCUCCCACGUCGGUCCACUCAGGGACUACUUCCUGCAAAAGCAAAGCUAUGCGCAUGUCAUGCGGCCACCUGGCGAUUCCGUGUUCACGCUAGUGCAACGUUUCGGCGAACUAAUGCGCAAGAUGUGGAAUCCGCGGAACUUUAAGUCGCACGUUUCGCCACACGAGAUGCUGCAAGCUGUGGUGCUUUGGUCCAGCAAGCGUUUCCAGAUCACCGAGCAAGGCGAUCCCAUUGACUUUCUGUCCUGGUUCCUCAAUACCCUGCACCGCGCCCUCAAGGGCAACAAACAGCCGAAUUCUUCUAUACUCUACAAGAUAUUUCUGGGCGAGAUGAAGAUCUACACGCGCAAGAUACCGCCCGUUGAGUUGGACGACGCGACCAAGGCGAAACUGCUGGCCACAGAGGAGUACAAGGACCAGGUGGAGGACAAAAAUUUCAUCUACCUCACAUGCGAUCUACCGCCGCCGCCGCUGUUCACCGACGAGUUCCGCGAGAACAUCAUACCGCAGGUGAACUUAUAUCAGCUGCUGAGCAAGUUCAAUGGCUCCGCCGAAAAGGAGUACAAGACUUACAAGGCCAACUUUAUGAAGCGCUUCGAAAUCACCCGCCUGCCGCAGUUCAUCAUUCUGUACAUCAAGCGAUUUACCAAGAACACAUUCUUCCUGGAAAAGAAUCCCACCAUUGUGAACUUCCCCAUCAAGCACGUGGACUUUGGCGACAUUCUGGGCAUGCGGCAGCGCGACAAAGAUGUCAAGGAUACGAAAUACAAUCUGGUGGCGAAUAUUGUGCACGACGGCGAUCCCAAGAAGGGCACCUAUCGUGCCCACAUCCUGCACAAGGCUAACGGCCAGUGGUACGAGAUGCAGGACCUGCAUGUCACCGAGAUCCUGCCGCAGAUGAUCACGCUCACCGAGUCCUACAUCCAAAUCUACGAGCGCUGUCCAAACUCCUCGUGAUCCUCCUGACUUUUAGUUACUCCUAGCGGUAUUUCGAUUAAAAAAUUGCAUGAUAAAAAAAUAAAGUAUGCUGUAGUCCAGUGUAAGGACUAUGAGUGCGCGUGAAUAGGAGAAAUGUA